AUGGAGCGUGCGUUGCCACCACUCCCGUACACGAUCUUACCGUUGACACAUGAUCCAUGGCCUUUGGACCAAAAAGAUCAACAUUCAACGACGACACAUAUUCCGUCCUAUUCAUCGUCGCUGCUUCUGAAAGCGUUGCUGGCGGCGUUUGUGCUGGUGAUGAUCAUCGUCACCGUGGUCGGCAACGCACUGGUCUUUCUGGCCGUCGUUAUGGUGCGGAAACUCCAACAACCGGCCAAUUUUCUCAUUGUUUCUUUGGCCAUUGCUGAUUUUUGCGUCGGAAUGCUGGUGAUGCCACUUGCUCUCGUUGAUCUGCUUUUUCCACAAUGGCCCCUGGGCAGGUAUGUUUUCGUUUCAAGUCCAUUUUUUUCUGUCGAAUGUUUUUCGGAAUGUACGCGCGCCAGUGCUUGCAGUUUUUAUGCCAUUGGACGUAGCCGUAAAAAAUCAUACGAGAGUGCAGAGUCACUUCAAAACAGCUACAGCUCAAAAGAAAUGCUGGCAGCUUCUAUUCGGGCCAUUGUUCUCUGCAAAUCCAAACUUCACUUGCUUGAUUUGACUUGUUAAGA